GGGUUUAGAUGAUAUUUUAUAGUGAAAAAACAAUGAUCAAAAUACAAUCUCCUAUGUUGGUAUUUGAAACUUUUUUAAAAAAUAAAAAAAAUUUGGUUCACAUUUUUAAAAAGAAAACUAAACUGUUUGGAAUGAAAAUAAAAAAUUUAUUCGAAAACUGAUUUUAAAAAACUUUUAUAUAUUUUAUAAAACUAUAAAGAUAUCCACUUAUAUUAAUUUAAAAUUUUAUUUUAUUUUAAAUAAAUAUUUAAAAUUUAAAAGAUUUUUUCAAAAACUCUAAAAAAAUUUCAAAAACCAAUAAAGCUAGUAACAAUCUUUUUAAGAUAUAGUCAAAUCUCAGAUUUUCUUGAAUUUACUCAAAUCUUAAUAUUUUUCAAAUCCUUGAUUCCAUAGGCCCCCUUAGUGUAUUUUUGAAAACGUUUUAGCCAACAUAUAUGGUAGAACUACGAAAAAAUUACACGGAAACAUAUGUUUUCAUUGUCAAUUAACACUUACACAUAUUUUUUACUUGCCAUGUACUUUUGUUGAGUAAAUUAACCAAAACCCACUUCUAAUUUAAACCUCACACUUUCUUUAAAAUUUAAAAUCUUUAUUCAUGUCACAUAUGGCACGGAGGCGGAAACAAUAGCAGAUGCGGUGGAGAAUUGACUUAUGGUGGUGGCACAUACUAGUGGUUACAUGAGUGGAUCUGGUGAAGAUGGCUGAAGAUCAACAAGUGUAGGAUCUCAUGGUGGUGGAGCUUACGGAAACGGUGAAGGAGGACCUGGAGGUGGAUUAGCAGCUGGAUGGUAUGGAAGAGGUGGUGGAGGAGGAGCUUAUGGCUGAGGUAUAGCUCAUAAAGGUGAUCCUGUGUUAAUCUCACCGGCAAAAAUUCACCGGCGAUUGGUGUCUACACCCAACGAAAGUUAAUUCCUCUAAUUCCGGCAGCUCAGUACCCAAAGCUUAUGACGACGACUCCGAUUUCCAAAUACUUCGAUGAACCGUCGCGUUGCGUCGAACAAAAUAAUGAAAGUCAUGAAAGGAAGCUUUCUCAAGCUUAUAGACUUUGUGUGGAAACAUGGAGAAGUAUGGUCUUAUGGUGGUGGUGAAAGAGGAAGAGCUGGAGGUGGAACCGUGGAGGUGGAUCAGAAGUCGAAAGGUAAGUACAAGGUGACGGUGGAGGAGCUAAUGGCGGAAGUGGAGCUUUUGGAGGUGGAUAUAAAAGUUGUGGUGAUGAAAGAAGUGGUUAGCGGUGAUGGAGGCAGUGGAGGAGGUUAUGGUGGACGUAGAGGAGGAAGUGGAUCUUAUGGAAGUGGAUAUGGAAGUUGUGGUGGUGAAAUAAGUGGUUAGCGGUCAUGGAAGUGUGGAGGGUCUUGUGGUGGUGGUUGGAUGCGUAUUGUUGUGGUUUUAUGCCCAUAUCUUCUCUGCUCUUCUAUGAAUAUUGCGAGAAAGGCAUUUAUGGAAGAGAAAAAACAAAAGUAAGUUAAAUAGUACACAUCAAGUGUAAAGUGCCUAAAUAUAUUAAAGGCCCGUGACAAAAUAACAUUUUACGUAAUUCACUCUUGAAAUAAUCAAUUUCUUUUUAAAAUUUUGAGUGGAACA